UUUCGCACGGCUUGAACGCACGCACCUGGCACGGGUGUGUCCCGGCACGCCGGGUGUGGCUGCGAUGCCUGGGGUUUGUGGCAGCUUCUCAAAUCUACAAAGCAUUUGCAUUCCUCAAAGUGCUUUCGGGAGCCCGAGGCCAUAACCGCGAUCUGCGGGAGCUGCGCGGCUGCUUCCCAGCUCUGCGCUUAGACUGUGAGCAGCGUGCUUCUGCGCGCACCCAGACAACAGAAAAUACUUGAGGCAUGGUAGAGCUGACUGCUGGAGCUCCGUCUCACAAUGCUUGUAGUGGAGAAGAAAAGAAGGAGGCUAGAGGAGCUGCUGGCGGAUGGAAUGGCUGUUGAUGGUGGGUAUGGGGACUCUGGAGACUGGGAAGGUCGCUGGAACCAUGUAAAGAAGUUCCUCGAGCGAUCUGGACCGUUCACACAUCCUGAUUUCGAGCCAGGCACUCAAGCGCUUGAAUUUCUGCUCAGCACAUGUAAAGUACUAGUUAUCGGAGCAGGAGGAUUAGGAUGUGAACUCCUGAAAAACUUGGCACUGUCCGGUUUUAGGCAGAUCCAUGUUAUAGAUAUGGAUACCAUAGAUGUGUCUAACCUUAACCGACAGUUUCUGUUUCGACCAAAAGACGUUGGGCGACCAAAAGCAGAAGUUGCAGCAGAAUUCCUGAACAGUCGCAUCCCCAACUGUGCUGUUGUAGCAUAUUUUAAAAAGAUUCAAGACAUGGAUGAAAGCUUUUAUCGACAGUUUCAUAUUAUUGUUUGUGGGCUGGACUCUAUAAUUGCAAGAAGAUGGAUAAAUGGCAUGCUGAUGUCAUUUUUACGUUACGAAGAUGGGGUACUGGAUCCAAGUUCCAUCAUACCUUUAAUAGAUGGAGGGACAGAAGGUUUCAAAGGAAAUGCUCGUGUGAUUAUUCCUGGUAUGACAGCAUGUAUUGAAUGCACACUUGAACUUUAUCCACCACAGGUCAAUUUUCCCAUGUGUACUAUUGCAUCCAUGCCCAGACUACCAGAGCAUUGUAUUGAGUAUGUCAGGAUAUUGCAGUGGCCAAAGGAGCAACCUUUUGGAGAAGGCGUUGCUUUGGAUGGAGAUGAUCCUGAACACAUACAGUGGAUUUACCAGAAGUCUUUGGAAAGAGCAUCACAAUUUAAUAUUAAAGGUGUUACAUACAGACUCACCCAAGGGGUUGUAAAACGAAUUAUUCCAGCAGUAGCUUCUACAAAUGCAGUAAUUGCAGCUGUUUGUGCCACUGAAGUUUUUAAAAUAGCCACAAGUGCAUACAUUCCUCUCAACAACUACUUGGUGUUCAAUGACGUGGAUGGAUUAUACUCGUACACAUUUGAAGCUGGAAGAAAGGAGAACUGUCCAGCUUGCAGCCAGCUUCCUCAGAACAUUGAGAUUUCUCCAUCAGCUAAACUGCAAGAGAUCUUGGAUUAUUUGACAAAUAAUGCUUCAUUGCAAAUGAAAUCUCCUGCAAUCACUGCAACCAUGUAUGGAGGAAAUAAAACACUUUAUUUACAGACAGUAGCUUCAAUUGAAGAACGAACAAGGCCAAAUCUUUCCAAAACACUAAAUGAGCUGGGACUUGUUGAUGGCCAGGAGCUUGCAGUUGCUGAUGUUACUACGCCACAGACGAUGCUGUUCAAACUCCACUUUACCACUUAAUUUAUGCAUAAAUAAGCAGGUUAUACAGCGAGGGAAAUCUGUACCCACUUCGUAAAACAAAUGUACUCUGUGGAUCUUAAAUUAACUGAAAAGUUCAUGCUAGUACUGGCACUGCUGAAGGUUAGGUAAUACAAAUGAAUCACCAUAUUUCAGAAUUUUAAGUAGAAGCCAAUAUUUGGUGGAUUAUAUUUGUAUAAAUACUUAUUAAUGUACAGAACUCGGAUGUAUAGGAAUACACUUUUUCCCAAGUUUUUGUGUCAAAAUGUUAACGCUGAUACGCUUUCAGACACAUGGAAAUUGUAGAGUGGCCAAAAGUCUUCUUGUCUUUUUAAUUUUUAACGUAUAUGCAUACAUGUAUAUGCAGAGUGAGACCUUUAAGAAAGAACCGCUGCGCCUGGAUUCAAAUCACAGCACUCCUGAAUGCUUGCUGCCACUGUAAAUCCAAGAGAGAGCAGUAGAACUAAAAUGAUCAAUUUCCUUUUAUUUGACACUGAGAUUUGCCCAAUUGUAUGAAAUGUGUGAAGUAUUGAAGAGAUUACUUUGUUUGCAAGUAAACAUAGAAGGGUGAAUGAAAACUGCCUGAAUUUAGGGACAUGUCUGUUUGCAGUCACCCAUCAGCUGCUGCAUGCAGUACUGCAGAAUUAUGUUCAAGUAUCAUCAGUGCUGUUAACAUAUUUAUUAAUAAAAACCCAUAAAGGUA